AUGUCCACAGCCAGUAUUAAAGACCAUGCGGAUACCCUGUUGAACUUAUUAGAUAUGGAGAGAAACGAGCAGAUGGCCGCGAGGGCGCCCAAGAUUAUUUGGAUUUGCCACAGUCUAGGAGGCCUGGUGGUUAAACAGGCCUUGUUGAAUGCACACGAGGACCGAAAGUAUACUUCUAUCCGUACCGACACUUGCGGUCUCGUUUUCUUUGGAACUCCACAUCGGGGAGGCAAGGGUGUUGAGCUGGGGAAAAUCGCUGCCAAUGUCGCGAAAUUCAUAUCCAGAGGCCACGCCAAAAAUGACUUGCUCGAAUGUCUGGAAGAAAAUGCUCUCUUUACUAGGCAAAUGUCAAGCCGAUUCAAACAACAACUCGAAGACUAUCAGGUCGUUAGUUUCGUUGAGGGCAAAGAAGUGUUCAUAGGAGGCAGUGGACCAGCUUCAAUAAGUCAUCUUGUGGUUGACGAAGAGUCUGCCAUCCUUGGUCUACCAGGACAACGCGAGACCCGGUUGAAGCUAGAUGCAGAUCACUCGCAGAUGUGCAAGGUCGGCAGUCGGGGAGCGAUGUACAAGCUGAUCAAAGGAAACAUCAAACAAAUCGCAGACCAUGUCCUUCUUACGGAGCGUGGAUUUGUCCCGAAGCCCUCCACGGCUUCACCAAAUCCCGGACCUCCUCUCCCACCUCGAUUGCAUCUCAACAGCAGUCUACCCUACGCAGGACCUCCUCGCACGCCAGACCCGUCCGAAAACCAGGUUAUCGGGGUUUUAUUUCAACCUGCUGAUAACGAUCCGAGAUCGCGUCAAGUUGCAGAGCACAUGAAUAACUGGAAAUGGGAUGACGCAAGGCGAGCACAAUAUCCUAUUUUCCAGGAGCAUCACCGUACCCUGGGUCAGGACCACUACAGCACUCUCCUUGCCGGUUACUACCUGGCCGAUAUUGAGCUUAGUGCAGGGUGCUUCCUGAAGGCAAAAGAGUGGGGAGAUUGGGUGUGUAACAAUUCCCAACGGGUGCUAACCAAACGACACGAGCUUUCGAUGAAAUCAGAAGGCUUAAUGGGCGAGCUUAUCUUUCGCUUGGGCAAGGCUCAGGAAGGCCAGUCUAUCUGUUCAAAUGUUCUGGCACGUCAACAAAUGACGAUUGGCGACGACCAUCUGGAUACACUAGACACGCGUCGACGAGUGGCGCUAGCCUACGGACAGCUCAACCAGCGAACUGAAGCCAUCCAGGCAAUGACCAAGUACAGCGAAAGUGUUGGUCGCGUCCUUGGAAAGAACCAUAUCCUGUACUUCGCAAGUGUGCUAGACACAGCAGAGCAGGUGCUUUCCCAGCGGCUAGACAGCACCGACCAGCUCGUAAGCCGGUUCAGCAUUACCGUCUCAGACCCCCAAGCCGAAGCAUGCGAGGCCAUUGUACAGGAGCUAAGUACUCGACUGGGCCGACACCACCCGCUCACCAUUCGUGGCACGUGGAUUAGCGGCGCAAUGCAGGCGCUCAUUCAAGACAAUAGCACCAGCUCCUCGGAGACGUUUCGGCGCGCCCUCGCCACCGCAGAAGAAUAUCUUGGUCCAGAACACUCAGAAACUAUGAGCAUCGUCGGUAUCAUGGGGGUGAUGUUUGCCUUACGCGGGUCAUUAACCCAGUAUGGUUACAAUCCUUACAUUCAGGACAAAUCGGCAAACCUCACUAAUGCUCUGCCAUGGCUGCAACGCUAUCUGAGCUGGGCCGAGAAAAACCAGGGUAUCGGAUCCCCCGAAGUUCAAACAAUCCUUGGAUUGAUCGCGAAAAUGUACUUUGCAUCACAGCAGUAUCAGCAAGCACAGGCUUAUUUCGACCGCUUGAUCGCGUCAUAUCGCGCUGCCGGUAUGCCUGUACCAGACGACAUUCAGAGCUCUUACCAGCUAUGCCGGAUGAAUACGCGGUUUUUGACGCCACAGAUUGGGGGCGGCUCUGGUACAGGCUUGGACUUUGCGAAUAUUUUAUCGUCAUUUCGACGGUUGUAG